AAACAAAAAAAGCCCUGCGCGCGAGGGACAGACACAACGGCGGCGGCGGCGCGGCGGGACGACACGCGAGUCUGAUCGUGUAGAGUCGGUUAUCAGGCACUUCUGUGUUUACAGGUCCAGUUGUGUGUAAGAAGAGACAGUCCUGUGGUGGUGAUAAUGAUGAUGACUACGAUGGUAACGAUGAAACAAACGGAGACGCAGUACAACAACGGCUACAUGCAGGAGGAGUACAUGCUGCAGGAGGAGGAGUGGGACAGAGACCUGCUGCUCGACCCCGCCUGGGAGAAACAACAGCGCAAGACUUUCACUGCAUGGUGUAACUCACACUUGCGCAAGGCUGGAACUGGAAUUGACAACAUUGAGGAGGAUUUUCGUAAUGGACUCAAGUUGAUGCUCCUUCUAGAAGUAAUUUCUGGUGAAAGGCUGCCUAAACCAGACAAAGGAAAAAUGCGAUUUCAUAAAAUAGCCAAUGUAAACAAAGCCCUGGAGUACAUCACCAGCAAAGGGGUAAAGCUGGUGUCCAUCGGAGCAGAAGAGAUUGUUGAUGGAAAUGUAAAGAUGACUUUGGGAUUGAUCUGGACCAUUAUCCUCCGCUUCGCCAUCCAGGAUAUCUCAGUGGAAGAAACCUCAGCUAAGGAGGGCCUGCUGCUAUGGUGCCAGAGGAAAACAGCUCCUUAUAGAAACGUCAACAUUCAAAACUUCCACUGCAGCUGGAAGGAUGGCCUGGGCCUCUGUGCCCUUAUACACAGACACAGACCUGAUCUGAUUGACUACUCCAAGCUCAACAAGGAUGAUCAUCUAGGCAACCUGAACCUGGCUCUGGAAAUUGCAGAGAAACACCUUGACAUCCCUAAAAUGCUGGACGCAGAAGACAUCAUUAACACCCCCAAACCUGAUGAGAGGGCCAUCAUGACCUACGUGUCCUGCUUCUACCAUGCUUUUGCUGGAGCCGAGCAGGCGGAGACCGCUGCUAACAGGAUUUGUAAGAUUCUUGGUGUGAACCAGGAAAAUGAGAAGUUCAUGGAAGACUAUGAGAAACUGGCCAGUGAGUUGCUUGAAUGGAUCCGCCGCACCACCCCAUGGCUGGAGAACCGCUCUCCUGAGACCACUAUGGCUGCCAUGAGAAAGAAACUUGAAGAUUAUCGUGACUAUCGUCGCAUUCACAAGCCGCCGAAGGUGCAAGAGAAAUGUCAGCUGGAGAUCAACUUUAACAUGCUGCAGACCAAACUACGUAUUAGCAACAGGCCUGCCUACAUGCCGUCUGAGGGCAAAAUGGUGUCGGACAUUACAGGUGCAUGGCAGGGUUUGGAGCAGGCUGAGAAAGGUUAUGAAGAGUGGCUGCUGAAUGAACUUCGACGCCUGGAGCGUCUGGACCAUCUGGCUGAGAAAUUCCGGCAGAAAUCAUCGACCCACGAGACCUGGGCUAAAGGUAAAGAUGCGCUCCUGACUCUAAAGGACUACGAGCGGGCCUCUCUGACCGAGGUGCGUGCGCUGCUCCGGAAGCACGAGGCAUUCGAGAGUGACCUCGCCGCACAUCAGGACCGAGUGGAGCAGAUCGCCGCCAUCGCACAGGAACUCAAUGAAUUGGACUACCAUGGAGCAGCAGCCAUUAACGAGCGUUGUCAGCAGAUCUGUGAUCAGUGGGACCAGCUAGGAACUCUGACUCAGAAACGCAGAGCGACCCUGGAGAGGACGGAGAAGUUGCUGGAGACAAUCGAUCAACUUCAUCUGGAGUUUGCCAAAAGAUCUGUUCCGUUUAAUAACUGGGUGGAAGCAGCCAUGGAGGACCUGCAGGACAUGUUCAUAGUCCACAGCAUAGAGGAGAUUGAGAAACUGAUUUCGGCCCACGACCAGUUCAAAGUGACGCUUCCCGAGGCAGAUGUGGAGAGACAGGCCAUCCUGAGCAUCUACAACGAAGUGCAGAAAAUCGCCCAGACUUACAACCUCUCCCCCAACCUCACCAACAUCUACUGCAGCAUCACCCCGAACGAGAUCACCACCAAAUGGGACAAGAUGAAGCGGCUGGUCCCUGAGAGAGAUGCUACAUUACGAGAUGAGUUAUCCAAGCAGCAAAUAAACGAGCGCCUCAGAAGGCAGUUUGCGGCUCAGGCCAAUGCGAUCGGACCCUGGAUACAGGCGCGCAUGGAGGAUAUUGCACGCUGCUCAGCGGAUCCAGGUGCCACUCUAGAAGAUCAGAUGACUCAACUGAAGCAGUACGAGGGUAUGAUUAUCAACUACAAGCCCAACAUCGACAAGCUGGAGGGAGAUCACCAGUGUAUCCAGGAAUCUCUCAUAUUCGACAACAAACACACCAAGUACACCAUGGAGCAUAUCCGUGUUGGAUGGGAACAUCUCCUGACCACUGUGGCUCGCACCAUCAACGAGAUCGAGACUCAGAUCAUGACCCGCGACGCCAAGGGCAUCAGUCAGCAGCAGCUCAAUGAGUUUCGCUCAUCCUUCAGCCACUUUGACAGGAAGAAGAAAGGAGGAAUGGACACAGAUGAAUUCCGUGCAUGUCUCAUCUCCAUGGGUUAUGACCUGGGCGAGGCGGAAUUUGCUCGGAUCAUGUCAGUGGUUGAUCCGAAUGGUAAGGGAACAGUGACCUUCCAGUCGUUUGUGGACUUCAUGACCCGAGAAACUACUGAGACUGACACUGCUGAGCAAGUCGCCGCCUCCUUCAGGAUCCUCGCUGGUGACAAGCCAUAUAUAAUGAUUGAUGACCUGAGGCGUGAACUGCCUCCUGAACAGGCUGACUAUUGCAUCGGCAGGAUGCCUCUGUACACCGGGCCUGGUGGAGUGCCAGGAGCCUUGGAUUACCAUGCCUUCUCUUCUGCCCUCUAUGGAGAGAGUGACCUUUAAACAAACACACAUGCAUUACUGUUACAUCACUGUUUCCAGCACUCCCUUCUCGAAAGCAUGUUAUCAGCCACAACAUAGUGUGUGUCUCAUAAACUAGGUGUAGAGUUAAACUUUGAAAUCCCUUUUAGAAAAAAAGCAUACUGGUGAAACCUGGCUUAAGAUCAGAAGGAUAAAGGGAAAUGUAAAUGUAAACGUUUGUUCCUUUAUUAAUUCUAAACAAGGAAAAAAAUAUAUAUUUUCUAAAAUAUAUAUUAGUUACAUUUAAUCUGGGUGUCUAUUGUUCAUUAAAUUAAUUUCACUCCUUGAUAAUGCACUCCAAAAGUUUUAAAUGUGCACUUAUGACUGAGCAAAGAUCACCAUAAGCAUCUGAUGAUACAUUUCUGGCUUGUUUCUCAAGAUUUUGCUCAUACACAGAUACUGUAUUUACACAGAAAAAUAUUUAACAAUCCAAUAAAGCCUUAU